AUGUCCCAUUUGCCGUCGCGCCUCGGUGUUGCUAUCUCUCUAGCUCUUGGAAUUCUGCACCUACUUGAGUCAAACCGUUGCUGCGUCCCUGGACUCUCGAUUCACCGCGGAGGCUAUCCGUAUAUGCAGUCCAUAGGAAGUUGUACCGACAGCUUGGUUGUCGUGUUUUCAGUCAUGAGCUUCGCGGGGACAACACCGACAGUCCGACAAUCAGUGAACCCUGCUCGCGAGCACCAAUUGCAUCCCAGACGAACUGCGAGAGAGACAGUAACCCAAAUGAAACUGCAGAAAGCUUGGCCUUCAAGCUCUGAGACUCCAGAUGUUUCACCUAAGAUCAGGAUCAUUAACCUGCAUCGCCAAACUCACAACAUCAAGGAGGGCGACGGGUUUUAUAAGCUCGAGAACAUCUCGACUCCGGGCAUCGGGCAAUCGUCCGGACGACAAAUCCUCCGCGUAGAGACUGCACCACCACCCGAUUACCGCUCCAACCAGACUUUGGUUCCCCGACGCUUCGACCGAACGCCUCAAUCUUGGAUCUUGCCGCAAGCCGAAGAUACCGUGCUUCCUUCAUCCGGCGUCAACACAGAGUUCCGGCUUACUUUCACGCUGAUCUAA